AUGCCUUCGGCACGGAGACUGCGCGCCUUGCUGCUGCUGGCGCUGGCCGUCGUCAUCACCAUCCUCUUCUUCACCUCACAAUACCAAGCGACCCACGAGCGCGAUACCCGGACCAUCCAGGACUUCUAUCACAAGACGGUAAAUGCCAUGGACAACAAGAGGGGCAGCGGCGGUGCGCAGAUCAUUAUGAGCGGCAAGGGUGCGCAGGUCAACCACGAGGCGAAAGACAAGGACGGCGACGGAUCUGUCGACGAGGACGACGAGCAGAUGGCCGAGGAGAUGGCCGACCGCCUGCGCGCCGCCGAACAGAAAGCCAAGGACCUCGCAAACGCCAAGGCGCCCUUGAAGCCCGACUCGCCCGGCAAGGUUGUCGGCGUCGGAAGCUCAGCUGGCGGCCAGGGCAAGAAGGGCAAGCCCGCGCCCGAGGAUGUGGACGACAAGGAGGAGACGGACGAGGAGCAUGAGAUUGAGGUUGUUCUCAACGAAAUUCUAAAGAAAUCCCCCACAAUCAUCUUCUCCAAAUCGUACUGUCAGUUUUCGAAAAGGGCAAAGGCAUUGCUGCUGGAGAAAUACUCCAUCGACCCCGAGCCUCAUGUGGUCGAGCUGGACUUACACCCGCUCGGCAAGAAGCUUCAGGAAAAGCUUGGCGAGAUGACGGGGAGAAGGACCGUCCCCAACAUCAUGAUCAACGGCAAGAGCAUUGGCGGCAGUGAUGAUAUUGCCGAGCUAGACCGGAUCGGCACCCUCAUCGACAAGAUCAAGUCCAUGGGAGGGAAGCGUGUAUCUAUGAAGGAGCGAUUUGUCGGCAACUCCAACAAGGCAUAG